AUGUGUCCAAGCAGGGAUGCCAAUGACCAUGUGGGGAAAAGAAGGGUUCUUUAUGAGUGUGAAUCUCCGGUUGAACCCGAAAUUCAUGACUGGAGAAGUGAGAUACGAGGUGGGUUUGUUGAAAAAGUUGUGAAAUUUGAGGAAUUUAUAGGUGAAGAACCAAAAGAGGAAAGUUUCCUACUUCAAGAUUUUGUUGAUGAAAGUUCUGGAUCGCCAACGGGACAUGAGGGUUCAAAGACUGAUGAAUAUGAAGUUUGCAGAGAAGUUGGAGUUGUUUGUUUGUCAGAGAAGAGUGUUGACGAUGAAAGUUCUGGUGGGCAUGGUUGUCUAUGCGGGCGCUCAGAGAACAUGGUUGAUCAAAGUUCUGAGAGGCAUGAAUUUGGAGAAAUUGAGGUAGAUUUGACAAAAAACGAAGUGGGAAUCUUUGAAAGUGAAGAUAUCAAAUUUCCAGAGUGUGAUGGCAGUGAUCAUGAAGCUGAUCGAGCCAAAGAGAGUGUAGUCGACGGUGUGGAAAAGGAGGGGUUGCUUGGUGAGGAUGAUUGGGAGGGAAUAGAAAGAACUGAAUUGGAGAGGCUUUUUGGUGCUGCAGUGGUGUUUGUUGGGUCUAAGAGUAAUGCUGAGAGAAGUUCAAGUGUUGGAAGUGAUGUGAAGACGAGGUUAGAUGGGCUUCACAAGAUUGCCACUCGAGGGCCUUGCUUUGAACCCCAACCUAUGGCAUUCAAGGUCUCUGCACGAGCAAAAUGGAAUGCUUGGCAACAACUCGGAAACAUGAGUGCAGAGGUAGCGAUGGAGCAGUAUAUCACACUUCUUUCAGAAAGAGUUCCUGGGUGGAUGCAAGAUGUUCACGGUGAUUUUGCGGAUGCCCAAGUGUAUGAGAAGAUAGCUUCUGAUCUGAAGACAUUUGUGCAAAACCAAUCAGAACCUGCAGGGGAAAGAAAAGUGGAAGAACUAAAGCCUGAUUUUAAAGGUUUAGAUGAGACAGGGGUGAGAGUCUUAAAUAAUUGA